UCGCCUGCAUGAGCCAAACGGAGAAAGAGGAUGAGAGAAAAACACGAAGGGUCUAACAGACACACUCACUGGAGACAGUACCAGUUUUAUUGUCCUUGUUUUAUCGUUUGUGAAGGUACACUAUAGCAGGAAAAAUGGCCUGUUCGUCAAGUGCCAAGUUAAGUAAAGCUGUGAAGCAGCAAUAUAUGGAUCUCCCUCAGGGAGAGAAGGUUCAGGCUAUGUACAUCUGGAUUGAUGGAACGGGAGAAGGAUUACGCUGCAAAACCAGAACCCUGGAUUCUGAACCCAAAAGCAUUGAAGAUCUCCCUGAAUGGAAUUUUGAUGGCUCCAGCACGUAUCAGUCAGAAGGCUCAAACAGCGACAUGUACCUGAUCCCGUCAGCUAUGUUUAGAGAUCCCUUUAGGAAGGACCCCAACAAACUGGUCUUGUGUGAAGUUUUUAAGUACAACCGUAAGCCCGCCGAGACCAACCUGCGCACAACUUGUAACAAGGUCAUGGAAAUGGUGCACAACCAGGUGCCAUGGUUUGGCAUGGAGCAGGAGUACACCAUCUUGGGGACGGAUGGGCAUCCCUUUGGCUGGCCAUCCAAUGGUUUCCCUGGUCCCCAAGGACCAUACUACUGCGGCGUCGGGGCUGACAAGGCUUACGGCCGAGACAUCGUGGAGGCCCACUACAGGGCCUGUCUCUAUGCUGGCGUUGACAUCUGUGGCACAAACGCGGAAGUGAUGCCUGCUCAGUGGGAGUUCCAGGUUGGACCUUGCGAGGGCAUCAACAUGGGUGACCACCUAUGGGUUGCCCGCUUCAUCCUCCACAGGGUGUGUGAAGACUUCGGGGUGGUCGCCUCCUUUGACCCCAAGCCCAUCCCCGGCAACUGGAAUGGAGCCGGCUGCCACACCAACUUCAGCACCAAGGAGAUGCGUGAAGAGGGUGGAUUAAGAUGCAUUGAAGAGUCCAUCGAGAGGCUAGGCAGGAGGCACAACUACCACAUCCGUGCCUACGACCCCAAGGGGGGCCUGGACAACGCCCGUCGCCUGACCGGCUACCACGAAACGUCCAGCAUCCACGAGUUCUCCGCCGGCGUGGCCAACCGCGGCGCCAGCAUUCGCAUUCCCCGCUCCGUGGGCCAGGAGAAGAAGGGCUACUUCGAAGACCGCCGUCCCUCGGCCAACUGCGACCCCUACGCCGUCACGGAGGCACUGAUCCGCACAUGUUUACUCAACGAGGAGGGAGAGGAGCCGACCGAGUACAAGUGAACUGUCCGGCCAAGCUCCUGAUCCACCCGCCACCCAUCCUUGCAGCGUCGUGAAGCUGUCUGCUGAGGCCGGGAGGCAUUUUUAGUACUGUACUGUAUGUGGUCUUAUUGAGGAAAAAAACACAAACCCUUGUAUUCAUGUUGACUGGUCAAUCUAAUACAAGGUAUAACCUAGAUGGAUUUUUUUUGUCUGUCUGUCAGAAGUGUGCGAAUUUCAUUUAAAAAAGAAAAAAAGAUGUGCACAUUGGGUUGUUGACCCGUAUUUUUUUAGCCUGUUCACUGCCAUUACUGUCCAGUCUAAAAAUUGUUGCUAUGGACCUAAUGUCUCUACACUUGCUAUGGACUUCCCUUGUGUAGUUCGAUCAUUGUAAAAGACGAGUGUAUGACAAUUUCUAAACUUCUGUGACUUUUAGCAUGUAAUAUAGUUUUAACUAAACCAGAUCCGUAGAUCUGUUCCUUUUUAAAACAAGUGCUGAUAUCUUGUGGUUCAUUUUUGAAUCGACGUCUCUUGUUCUCUGUAUGUGCGGUACUCUUCUGUGUGGGGUCCAUAAUGCAUCAAGUUCUUCUCUUUGUUUCCUUCAUGUGCAUGUAUGGAUCCCGAUUUUUGUCUUGCCUUUCCUCUUAUUAUCGUAGAUGAAGGGUUUUUAUUUGUAUUGUUAUAAGGCCAGUUGUGGCACCAGUUUUAACUCCUCCGAAUGGAUAAACUUGUUUCUUAUCGUGACAUUAAAAAAAGGAACACACACUAAUUUUACCUUA